AUGGAGCCUGUCACAACUCAUUUUUCAUCUGUUGCUACAUGGUUGCCGGGUCCGAAUAACACAGGACUUGAUCCGAUAUCAGUUGAACAAAUAAAGAGAAAGUGGAAAAACCUUAAAGAUAAUUAUCGAAAAGAAUUGAAAAAACUAUCAACUUCGCGUUCAGGGGACCCGGGUACUGGCGACGACACGUCACCAUGGAAGCAUUUUAACCAAAUGUCUUUUUUGAAGGAUGAUAUGAUUCCCGCGGAAGGAGAUUCGAAUCUAGUGGAAAACGAAGACGAAGAAUUGGAUGUUUCUGUGUCAUCUGAAGUACAAUCCCCGUCUUCACUUUUAACAUCACCUCGGGCAGAAAACGUAUCUCCGACACCAUCCAGAUCGCAGUCACCUAGCCCACGAAACGUAUCGUCUCCACGAUCAACGCAAGCAGAUACCCCACUGCCUUCUAGGAAACGAACUAAGGCAAAUGACAUACGAAUCGAGUACUUAGAAAUUGAAAAGAAGAAACUGAAAAUAUUGGAAGACGAAGUUGCCAAAAAUAAUACUACUCAUCAAAAUACUCCUGAUAUAGAGAAAACUGAGGACUAUUUUUAUCUUAUGAGCAUCUUACCUGAAAUGCGAAAAUUAAAUCCCAUUCAAAAAAUGCGUGUUAGGAACAAAAUCAACCAGGCUUUGAUGGAGGAAAUGGUUAUGUCUGAAGAUCCCUAUUCCCACCGUGGCUACUAUACGCAACCGACUUCAUCUUUUACUACUUUCAAUCGUAAUGAAUAUAAUGAUAGAAACAGUGAAUAUUAG